CACUGGGACAGGGACUGAUUAUAAUGUCUGUACAGCACUGCAGCAACGUAUAUUUAUACAUGUAUAUAAACAGCAGGAAAUACAGCCAAUACGCUGCAAGUGAAUAAGGCUGGACCAGGGAGCUCACACUCUAAGCUGUCUAUGGUAUCACACAUUUGGGGAAUAGGCUGCAUAAUGUGUAUGUCAGUGUGUGUGUCAGAGGGAUGGGGGGGGGAGAGGAAUUCUUCAGCCCCCUGUACUGGGGUAAAGGAUCUCCCUGGGUUACGCACUCCCCCCCUCACCCUAUAAUAAAGCAUCUCCCGUCUCCCCCCAGAGUAUAUAAAUCCCUCCACUCUCCCUCUCUCACCAGAACUGACCAGUCCUGAAGCAGCAGGACAGACACCCCCAAAACAAGGAACCCUACUAGCGACUGUAACGAGAAACUAAAGGAAAGCUCCAGGCUGAGCCCAAGAGCUGACACUUAUUGACAAAAUAGGAACCUUCCUAUUCAUUUUCUGAGCACAGGGACCCUCUGUGUAUUAAUAGACCCCAGAACUUUUAGCCUCCCCCUGUGGACAAGAAUCUUCCCUGUAGCACAAUGAGAGCUCUCUCUGCUGUGAUGGUGACCCUGAUAAUUAUUGGGGUGUCUGGCCGACCUUCUCCUCAGCUCAGGCACUUAAAGACUCUGGCCGAUCUCCUAUCCAGGGACCUCUCCUCUUCUGAGGAACUCACUUUCUGGGACAACCUAGAAGAUCUGGAGAUCCCCUCUGGCCCCCGACCCCGUGACUCCCCGCUGCCUCUGGAUUCUGCCCAGCUGCCCCCCAGUCGUGCCUGGCUCCGGCUCUUUGGCGACUUCAUGAGCAAUCAAAAGAAAUUUCGGGGGCGUACAAAGAAAACUGGGGUGUCCCGUGGCUGCUUUGGGAUGAAACUGGAGAGAAUUGGAGCCGUCAGUGGCCUGGGAUGCUGACACUCUGGUGCAUAUCCCCAAAUAACGACUCCCGCCUUGGGAUGAACCUCCCCUGCCCCCAACCUGAAGACAUCGGUCUCCUCGGACUGUGAUGAAGGAAACAAUCCCGACUAUUUGGGCUCUUCCCAAAGCCACUUUGUAACGUUUCACUGCAAGAAAAGACUUUUUUGUGACCAAAUUAAGGCUGUUCCCCCAAAGCAGGUCUAACGUAUGGGAGACACGUCCCCACUUUCCUUCCCCUCCCCCCAUUAACGAUCCCAUUUGCUCCUGUCCUUGUGGUGGAACCAGCACUUGUUCCUUUCUCUCUCAAUGUGUCUCUGCCCAACCCCAUUCCUGAGUUUCUCAGAUAUUUCCAACCCCGCCAUCGACUCCCCAAAAAUAUCUUCAUUUCCCCGUCAUUUCCAUCACUUCCUCCUCUUGUUCCAAAUCUGUUUGGUCUUUGUACAAAAUAUUUACCUGUUAGUUUCUCCAAAUUCUGCUCUUUUUUUGUUUUUAUUAAAUUUCAUGUUAUUUUUCCACUUCCCGUGACAUUUUCCCAAUAUUUCUUUCAAUUCGUAAUUUAAAGUUUUAAUUCCUCACUGAGAUUUUCAUUUGUUUGGUUUAUUUCCGUUGAGGUUUUAAGUCUCAAUUUUUUUAGAAUUUUUAAAUAUUUUUCAUUUAAUAUUUGUAUUUUAGUGAAGGUCUUUUUUAUUUUUUUACUUUGAAGUUUUUCUUUAAUUUUGAUUGAGGAUUUUGUUUUGUUUUUUCAUUUUAAUUUGAGACUUUUUCUGGUUCUCUGGUUUCAUUUAAAUUCAGAUUGAAGUGAACAGAGAGAGGUUUCAGAGUUUUCUCUGGUAGAAAAGUAUUAAUUGAUGGGAUUUUGGGGGGGGGGCGUUUGAUCGCUAAUAAAACAAGGACACAAGAUGGAAGAAGGAAGAGAAUUUUCCUGAAGAACACAAAUGUAAAAUCCAAUGUUGUAACGUCACUAAAUAAAUGUACAAAGUAGAUG